AUGGCUUCACGAUCUUUCAGGUCUCUUCGGAGGUUCGGCCAGCUGUCUGCUCCAUGCGCUCGCACAGCCGGUCGCAGUGCAGGUAAAUCAUUCCGUGGGUACGCUACGGAGCAGAAUCCACGUCAAAAGCAGCAAUUCACCGUGUGGCGACCAUAUCUGCGCCUUGCAAUUGGCGUCCCUUUCAUUGGCGCCAUCAUCUACUCUAUGGCCACUGGCGAAGUGACUGACCUCGAUUCCCCUUCUAUCGCUGAAUUGGAUGACGCUCUGAAGAAGUCUUCUCCUAUCACCGAAUCCUCCCCCAUGCGCCUACGAAUGGAGAAGCUCAUCAAGGACCACCAGCAGAAGAUUAUUGCAGAGCUGGCCAGGAUAGAUGGCAAGGAAUUCAAGACAGAUACUUGGACACGCCCCAAUGGCGGCGGUGGCAUCUCGUGCGUGUUGCAGGACGGUAACGUCUUUGAGAAAGCCGGUGUGAACGUCUCCGUUGUGUAUGGCGAGUUGCCUCGGCCUGCCAUUGAGAAGAUGCGUGCCGAUCACAAGUCCUUCGUGGGCGCUGAUGUCGAGUCGUUGAGUUUCUUUGCUGCCGGUCUUUCCCUGGUUCUCCACCCGCACAACCCGAUGGCUCCGACAGUCCACCUGAACUACCGAUACUUCGAGACCUCGGAUCCUAAGGACCCUAUCAAUGGUGACAAAAAUUGGUGGUUCGGAGGUGGUACCGAUCUGACACCGUCAUAUCUCUUCCCCGAGGAUGCUCAGCACUUCCACAAGACCAUCAAGGAUGCAUGUGAUCGCCAUGACGCGACUUAUUAUCCCAAGUUCAAGGCUUGGUGUGACAAGUACUUCUACCUGCCUCACCGUGGUGAAUGCCGUGGUAUCGGUGGUAUCUUCUUCGAUGACCUCGAUGCCAACUUCCUCCAGACCUCCGCUGGCUCGUCCUCUAACCCUCAGGAGACCCUGUUCUCCUUCGUCUCGGACGGCCUGGCCUCUUUCCUGCCAUCGUACGUGCCAAUCAUUGAAAGGCGGAAGGACAUGUCGUACACCGAAUCUCAGAAAGAGUGGCAGCAGCUGCGCCGUGGCCGCUAUGUCGAGUUCAACCUGGUCUACGAUCGUGGUACCAGCUUCGGCCUGCGCACUCCCAACGCCCGCGUGGAGAGUAUCCUCAUGAGUCUCCCGCGUACUGCGAGCUGGGCAUAUAUGGACCCUGUCUCGGGUACGAGGACUGAGAGCAUGCCGGUAGAGGAGGAAGAUCUGGCCGAGGACAAGAUUAGCGAAAAGGAGAUCAUGGAUGUGUUGAAGCACCCGCGGCAGUGGGCUUAA